GGGAGGGGAAAGUUGGAGAGAGGGAAGAAGAAAGGGGAGGGAGAGCGGGGUGGCAGGGAAGGGGCGGUUGCCCAUGUGCUAAUGCUGCUCUGCGAUUGGAGGGCGCAUCUUCAAACUGGUCCCUGCCAGGGGCUCAAAAGGAGCCGAGAUCCCUGGGGACCUGAGGCUCGCCUACAACUCCUAGUUCCAGCCAUGAUCCCGCAGUUCUGGGCCUACUGUCUUUUCUCACUGUUCCUGGUCGGCUUCGCUCAGCCGACCCCGAAGCAGCAACAGAUGAAGAUGGAUUGCUAUAAGGGGGUGACAGGCACCAUCUGUGAGUAUGGAGCCCUCACCCUCAAUGGCGAGGAGUAUAUCCAGUUCAAGCAGUAUGCGGGCAAGCACGUCCUCUUUGUCAAUGUGGCCACCUAUUGAGGCUUGGCAGCUCAGUAUCCUGAACUGAAUGCACUACAGGAGGAGCUGAAGCCUUUUGGUGUAGUUGUGUUGGGCUUUCCCUGCAACCAAUUUGGAAAACAAGAACCAGCAAAAAACUCAGAGAUCCUUUUGGGGCUCAAGUAA